UACCAUACCCUCCAAAUUCCUCUUCUCUGAAACACUGAGAAGCCCCAAACUCUGCCUUUUUUUCUCUUUCACUAUUUUCACAUAGUCCCAUUUUUUUUCUCAAAUCUGAUAAACCAAAACAAACCAUUUCACUACUGUCCCAACUCAUGGAGCCUAAACCCAUGGAUGACAUUGAUGGUACACUCCAAAACCCCGGGUUAUCGGCCCCGCCCAUUACCGUGAAGCGUACCAUUACUAGUACCGGCGCUCGGAUCACAACCCAGAUCAAAGAAGACGGCUCCGAGGACUCAGAAGAAGUCAAACCGGUGAAAAGUCUGGUAGGGGAUGAAGUUGAGGACAAGGUUGUUGUGAGUGAAAAUGUUUGCUCAGAUUGUCUUGCUGGCUCAGUAGAAGGCGUCAAGUCCUCCAGAACAAGGUUCGAGGAGUUUAUUAAGGCAAAUAAGAAAAUCGUGUCUGAAGAGGAGUGUCUCAAAACCGAGAGUAAAGAAGAACCGCAAGUAAACAGGGUCGAGGAGGAACCUGAUGUUGGUUUUGACGAUAAAAAGAAACCCGAGGAUUCGGAUAGUGAUCGGCCAUUAGUACCUGAAAAGAGUGUUGAGGAGGAGCCUGAUGUGGGUUUUGAGGCUAAGGUUCCAUCGGUACCCGAAAAGAGUUUCAAAAACAUGUCUUAUAAAGAGCGGCUACAGUUCUGGGGUUGUGCCAUGUUCAGCGGUGAAGGUACCAAUGCACAUGAGAAAAAGGUGAAGCCUGAAGGAUUGGAGACUGCCCGUUUGGCUAAUGAGUCUAAGGCUAAUGUUAGAGUGAGAGAAGAGCCUCGAUUGUUUGCUGAGAAUAAGGUCAAUGUGAAAGAGGAAUCAGUCCGUUCUAGCUUCUGGUCGAAACCGCAAAAUGUGAAGAAGGAAAAGGUUGAAGAACAAAGGGUUAGUGCUGGUUUGGUGGAGGAUGGGGAUUUUCCAGAGGAUCCUGAUUGGUUUCUGGUGGGAAGGACGUUAGUCACUGCGCUUUCGACCACAAAAGGAAGGAAAUUGGUGGACAAUGAGAUCGUUAAUUUCACUUUUCCUUCUCCAAAUUCCAGAUAUAAUAUGCAGUGGAUUGUUCGCUUCUCAACCAAACGGUCCGGAGAGAUUGGUCGGCUUCCAAUGGAGUGGGCAAAAUGUGUUGUUCCACUUGUGUGUUCUAAUAAGGUUAAAGUACUUGGACGAUGUGUAGCAGCACCAGCAAACCUUUCUUUGAUGCAAGAAAUAAUGUUGUAUGUAAGCUUUUAUAUUCAUCAUUCCAUAUUCUCGGAUGGGGUCGAGUCUUCGUGGAGGCUAGAUGGUUGCCGUAGCAUUGACUCUACAGUUUAUCCUCUUCUUACUCUGUUCAACUUGCUGAAAAAUAAACCAUUUCAGAAGGCUGACUUUACUCCGGCAGAACUUGAUUCUCGGAAACGCCUUCUAAAUCUAGAAGGUGAUUCAGAAGAGGCUGCAUCUAUGUUGCCUAUUGUGAAGCGAAGAAAGGGUAGCCAACAAUUUCCAGAACAAAACAAAGAUGAACAAACCAUUACAGAGUCAUCUCUAAAUAAGCUUAUGGGUGCAGUAGACGUUUAUAACUUGGAGGAGAUGGAACCCCCAAAUACACUUUUGUGUGAUCUUAGGCCGUACCAGAAACAAGCUCUCUACUGGAUGUCAAAAUUAGAGCAGGGAAUUGAUGUUGAAAAGGCAGCAGAAACUCUUCAUCCAUGCUGGUCAGCCUAUCGCAUAUGUGAUGGAAGGGCUUCCUCAAUAUAUGUGAACGUUUUCUCAGGGGAAGCAACUACAAAAUUUCCAACUGCAACACAGAUGGCAAGAGGAGGGAUAUUAGCUGAUGCAAUGGGGCUUGGGAAGACUGUGAUGACAAUUGCUCUAAUACUUGCAAGACGAGGCAGAGGAUGCCCUGAUAACGCAGAGCUUGACACUGAAACUGCAGAGAAUGCUCAAAUUACAAAGAAGAGGAAGACAGAUUCUCAUAUAAAUAUCUCAUCUAAAGCAAAAGGUGGCACUCUCAUUGUUUGUCCCAUGGCAUUGUUAGGACAAUGGAAGGAUGAGCUUGAAACCCAUUCCGAGCCAGAAAGUAUAUCCAUUUUUGUUCACUAUGGUGGGGACAGGACCAAUAACCCGAAGGUGAUCGCAGAACAUGAUGUGGUCUUGACAACAUAUGGAGUCUUAACUGCAGCUUACAAAAGUGAUGCAGAGGACAGCAUCUUCCACAAGGUCAGCUGGUAUAGAGUGGUUUUAGAUGAAGCUCAUACCAUAAAAUGCUGGAAGACUCUAGGCGCUCAGGCUGCCUGUGCAUUGUCCUCGUGUUGUCGGUGGUGUUUAACAGGAACCCCUCUUCAGAAUAAUUUGGAAGACCUCUACAGCCUUCUAUGCUUCUUACAUGUUGAACCAUGGUGCAAUUGGGCUUGGUGGAAUAAACUGAUUCAAAAGCCUUAUGAGAAUGGUGAUCCAAGAGCGAUGAAAUUGAUCAAGGCUAUUUUGAGGCCGUUGAUGUUGAGAAGAACAAAGGAAACAAAGGAUAAAGAAGGAAGGCCCAUACUUGUUCUCCCUCCAACUGACAUUCAAAUCAUUGAGUGUGAACAAUCAGAAGCUGAACAUGACUUUUAUGAUGCCCUUUUUAGGAAAUCUAAAGUCCAAUUUGACCAGUUUGUGGCACAAGGCAAGGUCCUCCACAACUUUGCAAAUAUCCUUGAGUUACUACUACGAUUGAGACAGUGUUGCAACCAUCCGUUUCUUGUUAUGAGUCGAGCUGAUUCACAAAAGUAUACAGAUCUGAACAAACUUGCAAAAAGGUUCCUGGAAACUAAUACUGAUUCUGGCACAAAUCAGACUGUCCCAACUAGAGCAUACAUUGAAGAGGUUGUUGAGGGUAUACGGAAAGGUGAAAAUAUGGAGUGCCCCAUAUGCAUGGAGUUUGCAGAUGACCCUGUGCUCACUCCUUGUGCACAUAGGAUGUGCAGAGAGUGUCUCCUCUCAAGCUGGCGGACCCCAACAUCGGGGCUAUGCCCAAUUUGUCGGCAAUUGCUAAAAAAGACUGAGCUCAUAACAUGCCCAACAGAAAACCAGUUCCGGGUUGAUGUUGAGAAUAACUGGAAGGAGUCUUCAAAGGUUUCAAAACUCUUGGAUUGCUUGGAACAAAUUUGUGAGUCAGGUUCUGGUGAAAAGAGCAUUGUUUUCAGUCAAUGGACUUCAUUUUUAGAUCUCCUGGAGAUCCCAUUGAAGAGGAGAGGAGUUGGCUUCUUAAGGUUUGAUGGAAAGCUGGUGCAGAAGCAAAGAGAGAGGGUCUUGAAGGAGUUCAGUGAAACCAAAGACAAAAUGGUAUUGUUAAUGUCCCUGAAAGCUGGUGGUGUAGGUUUGAAUUUAACUGCUGCCUCUCAUGUAUUCUUAAUGGAUCCUUGGUGGAAUCCUGCUGUAGAGGAGCAAGCAAUAAUGCGAAUUCAUCGCAUUGGACAAAAGCGAACAGUUCGUGUUAGAAGGUUCAUUGUUAGGGACACGGUAGAGGAGAGAAUGCAACAAGUCCAGGCACGAAAGCAGCGAAUGAUUGCAGGAGCCCUCACAGAAGAGGAGGUUCGGACGGCUAGGAUUGAGGAGCUCAAAAUGCUCUUCAGAUAAAUUCUUUUAAUCUUAGUCAUUAAGCUAUAAUAUUAUUAUAUCGGGUACAUCAUGAAAUAUAUUUUGGUGAGCAAAAAGCAAGCUCUGGAGGGCUUUCUUGUAUAGUCUGCUUUUGGAAAUGCCCAAUUUUGUCAAACUUUCAUUCAAAAGCAACAAGAGAGAAAACAUAACAUAGUUUCUUGCAAUA